UUGGCACGGUCCCAUUAAACUGAGAGUAUAAAAGUUGAGGCUCAUGGUCUUGCACACUCAGUCUGGUCGAGGAGAGAAGAGCACUCACAGAGAGACAAGAGCUUCCUCCUCUGAGAGAAGGAAAUCAUUUAAAAAACUAUUAAGUGUUCAACACUGAUACUCAUUGCUGCUAUUUGAGACAAGGAUGAAUCCUGUCAUAAGGUGCUUCAUUCUUCUGGCCUGCAUGGUCAUUUACACUUCAGCAGUUAGGUUCCAUUGUUUGUGUGUGAAAACAAACAAGACGGUAAAGCCCUCCCUCAUCAUUGAGCUCAAGGAGUACAAAGCUCGUCCAUACUGCAGCAAGCAUGAAGCCAUUGCCAUACUGAAAGGUAACAGAUCCGUGUGCCUAGACCCUCGAGGAAAAUUCACUGAGAAAGUCCGGCGAUAUUUAGCAAUGAGGGAAAAGGGUGCUAAGAUGAAGCUCACAACUGAACAUCCACAGCUAUCAAAUGGCACCAGCAGACCCACUGUCAAUCCAUGAAACUGCUUUCCAUCGUUGGCCACUGCAGCAGCAGCAUGUUCCACUCCCAGCUGAAACUGAAAUAGUGAACGGAGUGAGGUCCUCACACAGGAAUCACCGCUGGAAAAUGUGAUGUGGGAAAGAGGAAGAGGAGUAGUUCAAGCAGUGAAGUGGAGAGUUUGGAUGUACCUAUGCGAAGUGAAGGAUACUCCUCAGUGACACUGUGCAGGCUUAUAAAGAAAGGCUUUUUCUUGCAGUGUUUUCAUUUGCAGCAAACUGUAACUGUGAAGUCGUUACUGUGAAUCCCUCCAUAAAUGCUUUUUGAGGGCUUUUAAUGUUUUAUUUUAUUCUGAUGUUAAAUAGUAUUUAAACAAUAAUGAUUUAUUUGUGUGUCUUGAUUUAAAUGAUUGAUUCAUUUUUUUUUUUUUUUAAAAGCUUGGAUGUAAAAUUGAGACCUGUUCAUUGUGCUUGAACUCUUGAAGAGUCACGGCAUUACAAUAAAAACAAAUA